CGUGGUGCCGCAAAUAAACCAAUACAUGGAGGUGAGGAGGAUGAAUGAGACAAAUAUCUCAACGUUAUUUGCCCAAGCUUCCGCUGUUAGGAAUAUGAAGCUGACUGUCUUGUUUGCUGCAAUUGAAUUUUUUUUAAGGAAAUGUAAAAAAUAGGCUUUCCCAAUGACUUCAACGUUUUUGCAUGUUUUUGGCAGGUCGUCACUCACUUGUAAUAGUGACGUCAGCUCGCCAUUAGCUCCAAUUGAAACUUUGACAACUGUGGAACGAUGAUUACACAUGUGAGAAACUCCCUGUCACACCUGUUCAACCGGCCCCUCCCAGUAUUUGAGAGCAUGUGAUUGGUGUGAGCUGGCAUUUCAGCUUUGCUGUCCCUCAGUGAUUUUACUAGUUUUUUUGGUUUGUUUCAGCACUUCACUUAUAACCUGUUGAAACCGCGUUUGUGCUCAUCAACACAUUCAGCUCUGCUUUGUUGAAAUCCGGCCUCAUUCUUCGUUUUGCGAGAUGUCUGAAGCUUGGACUGGAGAAGACAGCUUCGCCUGUCCAGUGUGCCUGGACGUCUUAAAGGACCCUACAACCCUGCCAUGUGGACACUCCUACUGCUUAUCCUGCAUCCAGAGUCACUGGGACAAGGAGCUCAGUAAGGGUCAGUACAGCUGCCCCCAGUGUAGGCAGAUCUUCAACCCUCGGCCUUCUCUGGCCAGAAGCACGGUGCUGGCAGAGGCCAUGGAGAAGCUGAGAACCAACAGCCUCAAGGAACGCUCCUCCACAGCCUCUGCCCCCUCAGCCCCACCAUCAAUGCCUAUCUAUGAAGAGGUCCUACCAGCUUUGGGCCCAAGGAAGGGCAGCGCGUACCCUCAGCUUCCUCCAGUGGAAGCCAAACUCUGCCCUCAACACAACCGGCCUUUGGAUCUGUUCUGCUGUGAGGACAGGGAGUGUGUCUGCGAGGGCUGUUGCCAGUAUGGACACAAGGGACACCGUGUGCUCAAACCACGAGACGAAAGAAAAGAAAGACAGAAGGAGAUCGUUCAGAUGCAGGCGGAGGUGCAGAGAAGAAUCCAGGAGACGGAGAAGGAUCUCAAUGUGCUUCCACAUGCUGCUCGUCAACACAAGGCCAUGAUGCAAGCUGUGGAAAGGGAGAGCUCAUGUGUUUUCUCCGAGUUGGUCAAAGACUUGACUGAAACCGGAGCUCAAAUCAGUGAGCUCCUUGGUAGCCGUGAAAGCAGCUUGGGAAACGACGUGGAGGGCCAGAUUCACAGACUCCAGCAGGAGGUGGCACAGCUUCAUUGGAGGAGUGAGGAACUGAGCAGGCUGGCUGACAUGCAGGACAAUGUUUGCUUCUUGAAGAAUUUCUUCCUUAUGGAGCCGCUGGGGCAAAAGGCUGUUGCAGCAGGGUCGGUGUUGAGUCAGGAGGAAGCGGUUGUGACCUCCGUCCGCUCAGUCAUCAAAGAGCUGCAGGAGUCCAUACAGGACAUAUCCAAAGCCAGCAUUGACAAGAUCGUCACACUAGUGAAUUGUAAACCUGUGGUUCAAACUCCCAAUGGUGUGGAAGCGCCUGAAGCGGCUGGAACAGCACACUCAGACUACUUUGGCCAGGCCACAGCAAGCGCAGCAGACGCUACAAAUCCUCCGCCUUUGCCACCUCUACGACCUCAAGUGAUGGAGCCGCCCAGAGUGGGGCGCUCUGCAAGUCUUCAAGUCUCAGCCUCAUGUCCACCUUUCCCACCUCCUCGGCCUCGAGCAUCUUUGAACGCACCCAGUGGUUACAUGAACCCAGAGCCUAAAACGAGAGAGGAGAUGCUGAAAUUCCGCUUCGAGCCUACCUUUGACCCCAACACAUCAUAUCGCCACGUGCAUGUGAUAGACCAACACAAGGCCGUAAUGAAAGCAGAGAACCUGAACCCGCCAGAUCAUCCCGAACGCUUCAUGUUCUGGAGACAGGUUUUCUGCAAAGAGCCCCUGGCAGGCAGCCCUUACUACUGGGAGGUGGAGUGGACCGGCAAGAAGGUGACCAUUGGUGUAGCUUAUAAGGAGAUGGCGCGGGAUACUACUGAUGACAGCAGCCGCAUGGGCCAUAACGCCUUGUCGUGGGGACUGUACUGGUCUGGAACCGGCUUCUCGUUCUGGCACAAUAACCAGGAAAAGAUGCUGGGCGCACCCAAGGCCAGACGGAUCGGCAUUUACCUGGACCAGCAUGUGGGGAUUCUGAGCUUUCACAGCGUCUCAAACAACAAGGCGACCCUCAUCCAUCGGCACCAGACACAGUUUACUGGGCCGCUGUACCCAGGUUUCCGGUUUUGGUCAGGGAUAGGAGAUACUGUGAUUAUUUGCCAAUUGGACUGAGAUAACUGUCAAAGAUGAUACACCAGCUCUUGAUAUCAGGCGUGUUAAAGAAACUUGGAUGCAUUGUCUAAGGUCUUGUUUUGUCGCUCAAAAUGCAAAAAGAAAAGCAUCUCUGCGGGAAAAAAAAAUGCUCUGCUUGCGUUAUACUGUUUUUAAAAUUUGAAGUAAAUAAAGGCUUAUCAAACUCUCAA